UAUACGUAUACCAAAAGGGAGGUAUUUGCUUCGCAAUGCUAUGGUUUUCAAAGGUGAUAACUGCAAAAGCACAGAUAUUACUUUUCGAAUUGAUGGAACAUUGAUAGCUUCGUCUGAUUACCGGAUCCUUGGCCAAGCUAACAACUGGCUAAGCUUCGAAGGAGUUACCGGUGUGUCCAUUAUCGGAGGUGCCCUUGACGCUAAAGGUACCUCCUUGUGGGCAUGCAAGUUAGCUGGAAGCACUGAUUGCCCCAACGGAGGAGCCACGGUUAGUAAUUUAUGCUUUCUUGUCGAUCAAGUGAAAUUUUGUUUAAAUUUGUUGUCUACCUUACCCUACCAGUCUCGAUUGGGCCCGGAACAAAGGACUUGUGGAUCGAGCAAGUAACUUGUGGUCCUGGCCAUGGCAUUAGCAUAGGGAGUUUAGCCAAAGACUUGGAAGAGGAAGGGGUCCAAAAUGUGACAGUUAAAAAUUCAAUUUUCAAGGGUACUCAAGAUGGUUUGAGGAUUAAGUCUUGGGCGAGGCCGAGCAAUGGAUUUGUUCAGGGUGUUCAAUUCCUUGAUGUCGUAAUGUUUAAUGUCCAAAAUCCUAUUGUAAUAGACCAAAACUAUUGCCCACACAAUAUCAACUGCCCUGAUCAGGUAUCAGGUGUGAAAGUCAGUGAUGUCGUGUACCGGAACAUUCAAGGAACAUCGGCUACAGCCGUCGCAAUAAAAUUUGAUUGUAGUGCAACAAAUCCAUGUAGUGGGAUAAGACUCAAAAACGUGAGUUUGACCUGCAGGAAUCAAGAGGUUCAGUCACAUUGUGCCAAUGCAAAUGGAAAGAUUGUUGGCACUGUUCAACCAAACAGUUGUUUGUAAUACUGAAGAUGAGAUUAGGCAUGAAAUACAUGUACAUAGUCCAGACAAAUAAUGCUAGCGAGUAUAGGUGCAUUAAUAUUCUUUUUGUACAUAAAUGUCAUUCUUUUUAUACAUUAGUAAGUUAAUAAUAACUCAAUUUUAUUUUUCUGAAAUGAAUUCAAUACAUUGGAAAUCACUUCAUUUUUUCCCCUGGCUUUUUAAUAGGGAAGGAUUAAUCUACUUAGAUUAACUAUUUGGUUUAAACUUGUCUGCAAAAGAUAGUAGACACUCCUCAAAAUUUCUAAGUCAUAAAAUGAAAAUGAAAACAAUAACUGAAAAUCAUUGUACAAGAAAACCAACCUCUUUCUAUGUUAUAGAAUUAAUCAUUAAGUCAGACCCUAGUUUCAAACAAACAAUAGAGUUUGAGUCUGAUUAAAAUAAUGUUCGUAAUUUUAUGCAUACUUACAUGGAAUAGGAAUCAUUCUCAAGCAAUCCCUCAUUCAGAUUAGUGCAAAUGCCUUGUUUUGAUUACUUCCCACUGCCAUUCCCUUUUAUUCUGAUUCCUAUUCAUUUUGAUUCUAAGUAAACACAUCAUAAAUUUUUUGAAAAGUGCACUCGGAUUUAUAAGUCCUCUUUCAAAUGAUUUGUCCACUAUAAAGUAAAGUACUUAACUUCCGAUUUACAAAAACAGAGCUUUCAUACUUUUUGAGGGUUAGAGAUUAAAACCAAAGGCGUUAAUUAAUAAGAUUUUCAAAAAAGGCAAACUGUUGUUUUCCAUCUAUCUUUGGUUUACUUCUUACCAACCCCUUAACUCAAACUUGACAACCUCCAGCAGCACACAUCCAACUAAUAAUCACAUGAAGCGAAGCAACUUGGAAUACAA